AUGGAUGCUUCGGAUUAUAACAGUGAAAUCUCCGAAGACUGGACAAACCGAGAAAAUAGCGAAACAAUAUGCACCAGCUUAAAAACUGUUGUCGAGUUUCUCAAUCGGUUCCAUUCCUCCUGUCGCUUAAGAUUAGCUGAAAUGGAUAAUCGACUCAAAAUCCUCGAACGCAAAAUUGAGCGACUUGAUGCGCACACUUCCUACAAUGUUGGUUUGCAAGACAAAAUGCAAGCAAACAUCCCUGUUGCUGAAUUGAACGAGUAA